UUGCUUUGCUGUGGGUUUGAAUAAAUGGGAGCAAGUAAAUACGUACAAGAAGUCUGGAGGAAGAAGCAGUCUGAUGUAAUGAAGUAUCUUCUCCGCGUUCGUUGUUGGAGUUAUCGUCAAAUGCCUGCGGUCCAACGAGUCAGCAGACCUAGUCGUCCUGAACGGGCCCAUCGGCUGGGUUACAAAGCAAAGCAGGGAUUUGUCAUCUAUCGGGUCAGAGUCAGAAGAGGCUCUCGCAAGCGCCCAGUAAAGAAAGGAAUCACAUACGGAAAACCCGUCACUCACGGAGUCCGGGAGAGGAAAACCAAGCAAAGUCUUCAGGCCAUUGCCGAAGGUCGUGCUGGGAGGAGGUGUAAUGCUCUGAGAGUGCUCAAUUCCUAUUGGGUGUGCGAGGACGGGACUUAUCGGAUAUUCGAGGUCAUAAUGGUGGACCCUGCCCAUAAAGUCAUUCGGGAUGAUCCGGCCAUUAAUUGGAUUUGUAACCCCAAUAAGAAACACCGUGAACUCCAUGGACUCACCAGUGCUUCUAAAAAGUCCCGCGGUAUUGGGAAAGGACAUUCUUUCCAUCAGACUAUUGGGGGUUCACAACAUGCUGCGUGGAGAAGAAGGAACACUGUUCGGUUUGCUCGUGUUCGAUAAUUUUAAUUGGCUAAUUCAUUUCUUGAUACUUUAAUUUCUUUUUAU